AAGGCUGUUCGUGAGUUCUCUCACAGUGUACAGACUUUGUCCUACUUUAGUCCAACCAAAAAGCUCUGCUUCCCCUUAUCGAAAUCACUAAGCCUGAGUCUGGCCAACCCCGCCCAAGAGCCGUGCCUUCCCGACGUCCGUUGAGGACGCCGUCGGCUCAGGAUCGGGCAAAUCUCUAACACUGUUACGCAAGGCUGUUUGUCUGCUAAUUUCUUACCUACUUCGUUCAUAAAGAGGCCAUCGAUCUCGGUCGGCUAAUCUAGUAAGGGUCUCUGCCCCGUGGUACUAUUCUCGCACCUAUACUACUCCUCUUACCCGAACCACUUUCUUCCUUCAAUUUAACAAAUUCUAAACUCGUACACUCUCUGCUGCGCUUGUCAAAGUUGUCAUGCACCUGGGGAGGCUCACACUGUCAUCACUUAACGGCAGUCACCCUUCUAACAUAUCCAACUGGUCACCAUCACCCAUGUCCCAAAUCCCUUACCAGCUCCGAACUCCUGGUGCAUCAGAAAUAUUACCAAGGCUAUAUGUCUCGGACCUCUCUUUCGCAGAGAACCCUGCCGCCCUCGCCACGCUGGGUAUAACCCACAUCCUCUCCGCAAUGCGUGGAUACGUCGCAAUACCACAUGAUCUACCCAUACAUCGUGCUCAAUACCCCCUCGAGGAUCUUCCAUUCUCUGAGCUCGCCGCCCACCUUCCUUCCGCAACUGCCUUCAUCCGCAGCGCACUGCACGAUCCCAAUGCACGGAUUCUUGUGCACUGCAUGGAGGGAGUGAGCCGCAGCACAAGCGUGGUUUGCUGCAUUUCUCAUAUCGGAGUACGGCUGGACUCCAGCACAAGCUAUCAAUACGUCAAAACGAGACGAAGAUCUGCCAAUCCCAAUUUUGGAUUUGUACAGCAGCUGCAGGAGUAUGCAGACACGUUACGGCGUUGAUCAUGAUAGUUGCAGAGGGCAGGAAAUAUGGACACAUGCUUCCGAUGGCCAUCAGAGGCGUGUUAGAAGAUUGCUUGACAAAGCUUGCAUCACUCCCUUGCAUUUACACAUACGCAAAAGUUCUGUAUCAUCUGUAUGCCCAGGACACCCUGGCGCGGGAUUUCAUUGAACAUUUCAGAUACAGUACGAGUUCCAUAAUUGUGCGCAUCUUCGGCAAUACAGAGUAAUAACUAUAGUCCCAUAACCACAGUAGAAUAGAGUACAGCAACUUUAUGUAUAAUGUUGCAUAUAAUAUAUGUCACAUCACGAACAGCAUCCCUGUUUAUUUGAGGCUCGAUUCAGGGCAACGCUUCCAUUUGUUGGCUUUGACAGCUUCACUCCUGGAGACUAAUAGACCAACAUGAUGUCAGAGAUGGAAGGUGUCAAUUGGUUGUCGACUUGAAAUAACACUCACUCGAUCAUCAUCAAAAACGCCAU